AUGGCAGAAGAGCCCAAGAGCAAAUCCAAGGUGUGCGCCAAUGUGUUCUGUGGAGCCGGGCGGGAAUGCGCAGUGACGGAGAAGGGAGAGCCUACCUGCCUCUGCAUUGAGCAAUGCAAAGCUCACAAGCGGCCUGUGUGUGGCAGCAAUGGCAAGACUUACCUGAACCACUGUGAGUUACACCGUGACGCCUGCCUCACUGGCUCCAAGAUCCAGGUGGACUAUGAUGGCCAUUGUAAAGAGAAGAAGGCCGAGAAUCCAGCUGCAAGCCCAGUUGUCUGCUACCAAUCCGACCGGGAUGAGCUUCGACGUCGAGUUAUCCAGUGGCUGGAGGCAGAGAUCAUCCCUGAUGGCUGGUUCUCUAAGGGCAGCAACUACAGUGAAGUCCUGGACAAAUACUUCAAGAGUUUUGAUGAUGGUGACUCUCGCCUGGACUCCAGUGAGUUCCUGAAGUUUGUGGAGCAGAAUGAAACAGCCAUCAACAUCACCACGUACAUGGACCAGGAGACCAACAAGCUACUCAGGGGACUCUGUGUGGAUGCCCUCAUUGAGCUGUCUGAUGAAAAUGCCGACUGGAAACUCAGCUUCAAUGAGUUCCUCAAGUGCCUCAGCCCAUCCUUCAACCCGCCGGAGAAAAAAUGCGCCCUUGAAGAUGAAACCUAUGAGGAUGGAGCAGAGACCCAAGUGGAGUGUAACAGCUGCGUUUGUGCCUGUGGCAAUUGGGUGUGCACUGCCAUGACCUGUGAUGGAAAGAAUGGGAAAGUGUCUCCUCGGGGGCAGCAGCGCCAUGAAGACCUGACUGAGGAGGAGCUGGCCAGAUACGUUCAGGAGCUGCAGAAGCACCAGGAGACAGCUGAGAAGACCAAGCGAAUGAGCACCAAAGAGAUGUAAGGGGACUCUGUGCUAGAGGAGCCUGGAGGCUGGGCCUGACCUGCUGCCCUGUCUCUCCAUGCCGACCUCAGUAUGCACAAGUGUCUGCUACCAUUGCCCAAUCACAGAUAUUUACAUUGUAUAGCGUUGGGAUUUUUGUUUUGUAAUGCAGUGGGGGAGGGGAGUGCAGCCCACAUUCAGGGAGUGUUCACUGCUGGGGGGUAGCAAGGCCAGGAGGAAGUUACCACAGCCCCUGUGAUCUCCCUUAUGGAGGGGAUCUAUGGAUCUGUGUAGAGAAUGGCCAUGGAGGGCAGUCAGUGUGGGUUUCUAUGCUAAAAGGGGAAUCUGGGGAAGGAGAGCGGGUCAGUGUUGGUGGGGAGGGAGUCUUUAACCUUAUGCAAUGUUUGCAGCCUGCUGGCAAGCUCUAGUACAAGCUCUGAGGAACAGCAUCCUCUAGCACUGACUGCAGCAGCAUGUGAGGGACAGCACUGUGACUGAGUGCAUCUCCUGUGUAGCGCUGUCAUCCAGGGACUUUUGCCUUCCCUCACCCCAUGGCCAUCCACUCUCCAUUAACCUUUCUGCCUUACACCACCUCCCUCAUCACAUCUCCCACUCUGUGUCCUUCCCCAAGCUCCAGGUCACCCCUGCUACUGCCCUUCCUCCAUGUGGCUCUCAUUCUCCAUCUGCUCCCCUGUAUAGAGAAAUGACUUAAGAGAAAAUUGGCACUUGGCUUUAUAGCUAAAGUGAGAAUCCCAGGGAAGUGUUGGGGUAGGGGUGGGGGUGGGGAGGGUCUUAAACCCUGUCUCCCAUGGGCUAUGAGGCACCUGGAGUCCCUGGUGACAUUCCACUGACAGCGAUCCAAUGUGCCCCUUGCCUUCAGCCAGCCAGUCCCCAGCAGCAACUCCAGUGCAGUGUGGGCUCCAAUGUGGCACUGUUCCCUUUGACCUCAUCUCACCCACCCCUUCCUAAAGGUGCUACAGUAUUUCUUCUCAUUGCACUUGCAGGCCAACUCCCUCUUUUUUAUUACUUUAUUUUCUAUGGUAGCAAUUCCACUUUUGUAUCUUGUAGCUCUAGAUCUUUCAAGGAAACACAAGAUGCUUUUUGUUAAUGAAAGUGCUGUAGCUUCUGUGCACGGUUUGUAUUGAAGUGUACCCAGCAAGUACAAUCAACUUAUAAGCCCAGAGCUGAAGGGCAGGUGCUGCUGUGUCCCUCAAGGUAAUGAAACAGGAUUUCAUGUAAUAAAUAGAAUGGGGAUUCUCUGUGGGGGUGGUUGGAUACAACCAGAUCCUGUGGUUCUCUCUAGGCUCUAGAGCAGGGAACUAUCAGCAUUGCCGGGAGCCGGAUACCAUUUCCCAGCAGCCCCUGCCCACAUCCCUCCAGCCAGUUUCCAUGGAGACCUCAGCAGCGGCCAGGGUUUCCAUGGAGACCGACCCAAGCGGUGCUGGCAGGGCACGCAGGUGGGUGGGGAGCUGCCCAGUAGCUGGGGCUGGGAUUUUGUGGUGGUGACAACGUGGUCUGAAGCCAGUCCAGACCUGCAGUCGGCUGCUUGCAUGCCCCUGCCAAGGGCAUGCAGGCAGCGGAUCACAGCUCUGCCUCACACUGUCACUGCCACAAAAUCCUGGCCCUGGAACAGCUCCCCACCCACCCACGAGCCCUGCCAGCACUGCUUGGGUCAGUCUCUAUGGAAACCCUGGCUCCACGCUGUCAUGGCCCCACCAUUCCUGGAGUCUCCAUAGAAACUAGUUGCAGCAAUGCAGGCAGGGGCUGCUAGGAAAUGCAGCCCAUCAAGGGCCAGAUUCAGCCCAUGGACUGGACUUUGCCUGCCCGCCCCUGCUCUAGAGUGAUUAUCCCAGCUUUGUGUCACUGUACAAGGUCUCCCUAAUGUGUGUGGAUGGGACUGAGAGCUGUGCUAGGUAAGGGCCAGAGGGAUGCCCCAGUAGGAAAGUAACACCAAAAGGGAUGCUUUAACAGCACACUGCUAGCUGAAGCCUUAGAUAAAGGAGUGGUGUUCUCUCUCUCUACUUCCCUUUGCUGUGAGGUCAGCUGGAUUCUCCUUUCCCUCUAAUCCAAGGUUCCAGGUGAACCAGGCUGAGGGGAGGGACCCCUGUGACAUCCCACAAGGCCUGUCUGUCCAGGUCUCUGACCAUUAUGAUCAUCUUUCCUGAAACAUUUUCUUCCAACUGCUUUUUGUUAGAAUUGCCCCAGUUAUAAACAUGUUACUCUGUUGGCAACACCCUUGUGCUGGGUCCCACAGGGCCUUCUGUGUUCAAGGUACAUGCCCACACACCCCACUGCCAUGUACUCAUGUCCCUGAAGCACAUUCCAGAUGGUCACACACAGGCUGAGUCCAGAUGUCUUCUUGCAGCUUCACUUUCCACCACCCACCCUCCUUUUGCCUAAUGUCAGCAAUUGUCACCGCCUGUCUUGCAGUUCCUAGUGCUUAUUCAGGGAGUGCUUCCAGUGACAUCAGAAGUUUGUUCCGCUUGCAUAAAGGUCAGCAGGACUUCUGCCUCCAACUUCCCCAUUUUCAAAGGAGUUGGCUGACAGAGAAAAGGAAGAGGCAGUACCCAGUGAGCAGAGAGAAAAAAGGCAGUUUAUAACCAGUACAGUGAGCAACCAGCCCCUUUCAUAGUUGCCUUUGUCUUGCUAUCACCAUGUUCUCUGCAGCCUGUGGAUAUCAGAGCAUGGGCUCUGUUCUCAGUGAUGCCUGAGUAAAUCCAGAGACAAGGAUUUAGUGCAGAGUGGGAGAGGGCGAUCUGCCCCUCAGAACACACAGGCUUUACAGAAACAAAGCAAGGGGGUGAGCCUCCUUUCUUCCUUAGUAUAAAUCCAAAGUAAGAUGGGUGGAGUUACAUCCACGUACUGACAUGCAUGAGAGGAGAACCAGCCUCCAGAGCUUUGGGCAGUCUCCCAGAUCAAGAAAAGGGCAGUGCUGCUCCACAAGUUACGUUAUUUUGGUUUCCUCUUCACCUUUUGCAGGGCAAGAAACACUAGUAAAAUGGGAGCUGUUUUUCAAAAUCCUCUUCUUCCCAAGUCCCCCACAGAUGCGGGAACAAGCUUAUGCAUUGUGUUUGGAGUUGCCCGAGCACUGCUUUGGACUCUUUGCCUUAUUUGAUUAUAGUCUAAAACCAUGGAAGUCCCUCAUGGCUCCUGGCUUGUUCCUUCCAGCCUGUUAAAGUGCCUUAGAGAAAACACAAUGCCAUGCCUUAAAGCAGGAGUGUUCAUUGGUGGGAGGACACAGCAUAUUCCUGAGCCAGGAAGAUCUCAAAGUGGGAGGGGUCAACCAAAGAAGUAAUUCUGUGCGGUUAAGGAUGGCUAGACUGCAGCUGGAGGUGUUAUACAACCUGCAGAGUUAUGCAGCAUGGCCUGUGAUCAAUCCUCAACUUACUUUAGAUGUGCAAGCUGAAAAGGCUUCAGGUUCUAGCAUACAACGCAGCCAAACUACUCUGGUCACUUUGGAGCAGUGCAUGCUGGGAUAUGUAGUCUCAGCUGCCCUGAAUCUCCCACAAGAGGGCUACAAUCUGCUCCAGUUAAGGCAAAAUAUGUGGAGUUCCUGAUGAGCUAUGUGAUACUGCACCCCAAUGCAGCCAAGACCAGGACAGCUGGGGCUUGUUAAAUUGUCUUUAUAAUAACAGGUCUGCUACCUACAGAGUUUCCCCCUGCCCACCCCAGUAACCUAGUAAGAAAAAUACCCUUUAAAAUGUAACAUUUGUUGAAAACAGUGGUCAGCACCGAGGGCAAUGGUACGUUGGUACAUACAUGGUGCAUGAACAUCUCUUCUCUGUAAUCACAGGGGACAGUACUGCCCCAAUGUGGAAGGAACAGCUCCAAGCAGUGUUUGCUGGGAUAGUCACUGGAGAGUCUGCAAGGUGCAGGGAAGGCAAAUUUUUUUAAGCCACCAUUUAAGAAACAAACAAAAAAGCUCCCAUUCUCUCUAUAUUUCCCUUGUGUACGUGUGUGAAAUUUAUCAGUAUUCCAUAGGUCUCUUUAGCAAACUUAUUUUACUUGUUUUUGUAAUGUUUUUGAAGCAGGGAGGAGAGGUUUGGAUAUAACUGCCAAAUAAAUGAAACAAAAUGAAAAGG